UAUUAUGACUGCCCAUCAUCAAAUUGCAAAUCCACUUCGACGCGACUCAUCUACGUCCCGGCGCAUCCAAUUUAAUUCGUUAACCUGUUUCUAUUGACCGUCCUCGUGUCUGCACUAAAACCGUUGUAUUAUUUGUGAUACUUCACAGAUCUCGGCGGCCUGUCCUCAUGUCUCCAGGUAAGAACUUUAUAAGGAAGAGCCACUUACUCCUCUUUCCCUCAAAGUGCUCGACUGCACCGUUGAGACUUGAAGUCCACACUAGUCUGAGACCUGUGGUCUACAACUAUUUCUACUUUUCUGCUCAAAUCUUACUUUAUCUUCUCUCCGAAAACCAAGCGUACUCGAAUCCAUCUCCUUCUGGUGACAUCAUGGACCAACUAGUGUCAUUUGAGGCUCUCCUCUUUCCUUCUGACGGUCGUAAUCCGCAUAUGGUGGCUUUGAUGACAAGCCCCAUGUCGGUACCCGACCCACACGCUCCAUAUAGCACUCUACCUGCUCGGAUGCCACAUCCUGAAGUCUAUAUGGACUACAUCGCCGAGGGCCUCGGUCCCCGAGCCUGGCAUUAUCACCUCGUCGAGGCUCUCGACGGUAUGAACAAAAAAUUCGUUAAUCCUUACGUCAUCUUCUAUCCGACCGUCUCCCGUGACGGGAUGCCCUUCCCCAUCAAUAAGUGUCUUAGGGAAAUCCAGGGGCGAUCAUUCAGAGAGGCAACUGCGUGGCGCGGAAAUAUCAUCGUCGCCAAGUAUCGGGAGAGCCCCUUCUCGUCAAUGAUCAAUGGAUCAAUCGCUGACUUUCCAAUAUUGAGGAAUUACUUUAUGACGCACGGUGCACCUCAGUCUUAAAAAAACGGGCAACUGGCUGUAUGCCGAUACCGACCGGAAGAUGUGACACGGACAGUCUGUUU